AUGAUUAAAGAAGCUAAUCCUGGUACGCAUACUCACUAUGAAACAAAUGAGAAGGGACGAUUCAUGUAUCUAUUUAUGUCAUUUGGGCAAUCAGUUAGAGGAUUCUACAAUGCAAUGCGAAGGGUGAUUGUUGUUGAUGGAAUUAAUCUGAAAAAUAAAUAUAAAGGAGUUCUACUUGUUGCUACUGCUGUAGAUGGUAACUCUAAUUUGUAUCUGAUUGUAUUUGGGGUUGUUGAUUCGGAGAAUGACGAUUCAUGGGGGUGGUUCUUCAGACAGUUGAAAGUGAUUAUUGCUGAUUGUCAAGACCUAGCUUUGACAAAAGGGUUGACUGCCUUGGUGGAAAAAGCUUCACGGGCAUAUAGGUACACUGAAUUUCAGGAACGUAUCACCGAAAUUUUUGAAAUGAGUCUUGAGCUUGGAAGAUAUCUGCGGGAGGCUGAUGUGCGCAAAUGGACUCGUUCUCUCUUCCCUGGUGAAAUGCAUGACAUUAGGACCACAAACCCUACAGAGUCGAUAAAUUCAGUUCUGAGAAUACCUAGAGAAUAUCCGGUUAUUCCUUUGCUAGAUAGUAUAAGAGAACUGUUGACUCGAUGGUUCUAUGAGCGUCGCUUGCUAAGCUCAAAGCAUCUAGAUCCUUUAACCGUUAAUGUGGAGAGAAAGAUUGAUAGGAGAAUUGUGAAGGCAAAAGGAUUCCAGGUUUACAAGGUUGACAACUUCAGAUCGGUUGUAAAAGGAGACAUAUACGAUUGUCAUGUUGAUUUGGAAAGAAAAACAUGCACAUGUGGGAAGUAUGAUAUAGGAAAAAUUCCUUGCCGACACGCCAUUCAUGCAAUUUAUUCACGAGCGUGGAGAACCGCCUAUGCGGAAUCCAUUAAUCCAAUAGCAGUUCCAGAGUGUGAAUGGAAUGUCCCUGUUGAGGUUAAACUUGCUAAGGUUUUAUCACCAGAAACAAGAAAGAGUGCUGGUUUUACCACUUGCUAA